AUGGAGGAAGAUGAUAUUGAGAUCGCGAAUUACUUCAAGGCUAAUUUAGUGGCGAUGAGACGCGCGGUUGACGACGAAGAUUUCCGGAAUUUCGCGAAUUUGGAGAAGAAUAGUGAGAGGGUGGCUUUCGUAUUGAAGUACCCUGAGGCUCACGUUUUGCCGCUGGAGAUUGAAGACGCUCCGGUGAAGAGUCUGGAGAAAGCUCUGAAGAUCAAAGAGUCUGGGAAUAAAUACUAUGCGCAGGGGAACUUUUUAAAGGCCCUGGAAACUUAUUCGAAUGCAGUUCUGAUAACUCCGAAAGAAGAACUGGGAAUCUUCCUAGCGAAUAGGUCAGCUGCUCUGAACAACCUCGAGCUCUACGACCUCGCCCUGAAGGACAUCGAGGAAGCCCUGCGGAUCGGUUACCCCAAGGAGUUGCUCUACAAAAUAGAGGAGCGCCGUGCGAAAUGUUAUUUAGCUGUGAAGAACCAUCCGGCUGCCGUGGAAGCAUUCCGGGAAACUCUCCAAGCGCUGGACCAUGCGAAGCUUCCCUUGGAACGAAAGCAGAAGCUCGAGUCGGACAUUCGGCUGAUGCUGGCCAUGAUGGAGAAGUCUAAACAGCUCAGUGAGGGAAGUAAAGCUAAAACUCCUGUGAACGCACCGCCGAAGGAUGGGAGUGAUUUACACGUGCCAGUUCCGAAAAUUAAAGAGGCCAAUCCAGCGUAUCCAGCUUGCAGUUCUGCUGUGGAAAUCAGGGAUGCAGGUGGAGAUAUCGGGAGACAUGGCAUUGCGACUCGGGAUAUCAUGCCGGGGGAAGUGAUUAUCAUUGAGAAACCGCAUUGUGCUGUAGUACUGGGGGAGUAUAGAUUGGCGAACUGUCACUAUUGCUUCAAGAAAAACAUAGCUCCCUUUGCCGCGGCGUGUGACACGUGCGCGCUAGUCGCGUACUGCAGCGGGAAAUGCCGAGACGCGGAUGCGAAAACCCACGCCAGCGAGUGCAGCAUAUUGGGACCUCUCUGGCUGUCCAACGCCUCCAUCACCUGUCUCCUGGCGAUCAAGGCGGUCAUUCAGAGGCCUUACGCCAAAUUUAGGAAGUUGAAAGACGAAAUAGAGAACUCUGAUAAGAAGUUCCAUGCCUCCAAGGAUCAUCCCUUCAGGGGGAGUGACUACAUGGCCUUUCAAUCAAUGGUCACGCACGAAAGCGAAAGGACGGAAGAAGACCUCUUCCACAGAGCAUACAUGGCCGCAUGGCUCCUCAGGGUACUGAAGAAGAGUGCCUAUCUCCCCGAAGACCUGAAAACCCCAGACCUCGCUGAAUACACCCUCACCGAGGAUGAAUCAUUCCUCGGAGGCCUCCUACUCCACCACUUACAGCUCCUCCAGUUUAAUACCCACGAGAUAUCCGAAUUAGUGAGACCGAGGAACGAUAAAACCCUGCAAAGAGCUAAGAGUAAUUUCAUCGCUGGAGGUUUAUUCUGCACACCCGCUCUGUUAAAUCAUUCCUGCAAUCCUGGCGUUGUUCGGUACUUCGAGGGAAUGACGAUGGUGGUUCGAGCAGUAAGGACAAUCCGAGCGGGAGAUGAAAUUUGUGACAAUUACGGUCCCAUUUUUACUGUUGAACCGAAAGCCAAUCGUCAGAGAAAAUUGAGAAUGGAGUACUGGUUUGACUGUGGGUGUGAAGCUUGCGCCGGUAAUUGGCCACUGUUGCAAGAUAUGAAUCCCAAGAUUUUGAGAUUCAAAUGUGAAACUGGACCAUCCUGCGGCAAUGUUCUCUCAGUGAACGUCGACAUAAACGAAUUCAUGUUGAACUGUUCUAAAUGUGGCAAGAGCACGAACAUCAUGAAAGGUUUGAAAGCCCUGCAGGAUACAGAUGCACUUUUCAAACUAGCCUCGAGGCAACUCGAAGAUGGCGAGCAUAAUAAGGCCUUAAAGGCUUAUUUGGAUAUUCUAAAAUUGCUGGACGAGACUCUGGCGCUGCCCAUUAAGGAUUAUCACCUCUGUCAACAAGGAGUGAGACUCUGCAUGCUACCACUUGGCAAUACUGCCUGGCAAUCUGUGAUAUAA